AUGGAUCUGUCACAGAUAUUAGAAAGUCUCGGGCAACAACAGUUGAUUGCUCAUCCACCAAUAACAUGCGCGUCGCCAGGAUGUAGAAACUUAUCGUUAAGUGAUCAGAAUGGAUACACAAACAGACUUUGCUAUGGCCAUAUGUUAACAAGUCUCACGGAAACUUUUCCUCCCGCUGUUGCAACAACGACAACGGCAGUUUCCUCACCAACAGCAGAAUAUCCGACUCCGAAUCAUCAUCCUCAACAGUAUCUUGGUUUCCCAUCAAUCUUAGCCUCGAGAUCGAUUCUAUUUAAUCGUCAACGCGACAAUUAUUUCAAUAAUAUGUAUCAUGAGCAAGCGAUUCGUGGAUAUGCUCCCAAUAAUUAUUUCAAUAACAAUGCAACACAAGAUCUAAAGUCAUCAUCUUUGAAUCAAGCAGUAACCCCACCCACACCAACCACUACUGAUUGUCCAUUUGUACAAAAUCAAAUAAUGGCACCACAACAAAAUUAUCAGAUCAAACAAAUGACAACACCACCAAAUGCAAAUCCAAACAACGAAUUUUCAUUUUAUAUGAGACCAUGUCCGAAUAAUUAUUGUGAUGGUGGUGUCAGUUGCUCGAAUUGUGCGAGUUACUCUCAAUCGAUCUACCCUACGACCUAUCCUCAACAGAUCGUUCACAACAAUAAGAGUAACGACAUACCCCUUUGUAAUCAAUAUGGAUGUCGGAAUCCAUGUCAAAUAAACAAUGGUCAACUCCUUAAAUUCUGUUGUGGCGCGUAUUGUGGCACAAAUGAUAUUCAACAAGGAUCACAACCGAUGUCUCCAAUAUCGUCACAUGCCGGAACGACCCCCACCACAGCGUCAGGUACCCCGGCGUUUACAGCGGCAAUUCCCGCUUUGACUAUGGGAAUGCCGACCUUGACUUCUGGAAUGGCCACACCAACAGCUGGACCGUCCCCUUUAACAAUUGAUACAAAUCAAGCACCAAAUCUUGACCCAGCCGACUCACCAAUCCCUUCGUCUGCUACAACAAUGCCGGAAACACCAACACACAAUUACGACUCAACGACAUCAAUCGUCAAUUAUCCUGAAAAUAAAUUAGAGGAAUCGAUUGUCCCUUAUGUUAUAAAGGACAAUAACACUUUAUCGCCAGCAAUGUCGAUCGAACCAGAAAGGAAAAUGUCACUGAAAAGAGAAGCAGUUGAUGAAAAUGAUCUAGAGGACGACGAUAUUCAACCGAUAAAGGCGAAAUCGAAAAAGAAAAAAAUGUCUUCAACGUCUACAACCACCACCACCUCAACUGAUAAGAACAUUCCAUCUAGAGAAUGUUCGAGAACUGGAUGUGGAAGGCAAACAAUGACGAAGAAUAAGCGAGCGAAGAGGUAUAAUGCAUACUGCUCGCCAGAAUGUUUCUGGAAGGAGACUGAAACACUUUUAGAGACACGUGCAGUGAUAUUAGAUAAGAAUGAUUCAGAUUACAAUAAAGUAUCAACAAAAUUCAAAGAAAAUCUAAAAUCAUACAGGAUCAAAUUUAUAUUACGAUUACAAAUGUCCUCUGAAAUCACAAAUCGUCAUUUUACUGCAAGAGAGAAGAUGAUGAAAUCCCAAGGAGCUGAUGAUAAGAGUAAAAUCUCACGAAAAAUGUAUCAUGGAACAAAGAGUAUAUGUGAUCCAUCGAAAAUUAUUACUGGUGGUAACCCCACAUUCUGUAAGGAAAAAUUAUGCGGCAUGUGCGGAAUCAUUUCCCAUGGAAAUCGAACGUCAAACUCAAAAACUAGCGGGAGUAUGUGGUUCUCUGACAAUUCAGAAAAUGCACUACAAUAUUGUAAUGGAUCGAAAUUACAGGCAAUGUUUUGGGUGGAUGUGUUGACAACUAACACUGAACCAAUAGUCGCAGUUGAUAAAGAUGAGCUCGUUCUACCGCGAUACUUGAUUCUGUUCGGUAAAAAUUAA